AUGGCCAACCUAACCCUGGACGGUGUGAACUUGUGCCCGCCCCCGUUCUUUGAUGUGAAUCUCUUUGGGGAUGGCGGCUACGGUCGGGUCUGUCAGCGAGUUUCAGCCGAGCUGUCAUGCUGCCUGCCUUGCCCCAUGACACAAUGGGUAUAUCCUGAUAGCUUCAGCACGCUGACUGACGCCGCCAACUGGGUCGCCACAGCGAGUGGCAUCUGCUGCGUCUUCCUCCUCGCCUCAUGGGCCUGUCUCCCCGUGGAGAAGACGAACCGCCACUACCUGAGCGUGGGCAUUACAAUUGGCGUCUUGCUCAUGGCCUUUGGUUUCAUCAUCCCGCUUGCAGCGCAGACCGAUCAGUGCUUUGACAAAAUCACUCCGCAUAGCAUGCACACCAACCCCUCCUGCGGUGCCUCUGGAGCCUUCCUGCUCCUGGGCGGGUGGGCUGGCGUCAUGUGGGCUUUCCUUCGCUCCCUCUCUCUCCACCUCCAGAUCUGCUGGCAAGUUCUGGUCGGUCGAAACUUUAUGAUCUUUGCCCAGGCGGCGGGCUGGGGAGUCCCCGCCCUCGGCCUGGUGCUGGCCCUGGUGUUCAGCGGCGUUUCUUUCCGGUUCGGGGAAACGUGCCACAUCAACCACGCGAACAGCAUGGAGGCCUUUUGGAUUCCCCUGCUGAUCUUCGCCGGCGCGACUGUCGUCAUUACCUUUGCCACGUUUGGGUACUGCAUCAAGGUCUACCUCUCCGCCCUCGGCGACAGCAGCGCCUCGACGGAAGGCUCCAACCUGCCCACACACUCGUCCAUCACUCGCUCUCACUACUCGCCUCGUCAGGCCUACCGUCGCGUCAGCCGCGUCAUUGGGCUCCAGUGGCGUGGUAUAGCCAUUGUACUCAUCAUCAUCGCUGAUGUCAUUUUCUUUUCCAUUGUCUUUGUGUUCCAGGAUAACAAUGUCGAGUCGGCCACGGGCAACCCCAGGAUGAACGCGGAUUGGGAGGCCUGUAUAGCGGAGGCGGGGGGCGACACGGACAAAUGCCGUGGCGACACCAGCGAGGCGGCUGAGGCAUGGGGUCUCUGUCUCAUCCAGUCGGAAGGCGACAGGGACAAGUGCCUCGACAAGGCCAGCAGCCUGGUUGUCAAUCAGGCAACGGUCGGGGCGGUCCUUCUGCUGCUGACGCUCAACGGGUUAUGGGUACUUUUUCUCUUGGGCCGCUGGAGCAUGGUAACGGGCUGGAUCGACUUGAUACCGUGCAUCCCGCGCCGUCGCAUGCACGAAUUCGUAUCAGCCGAUGCUCGCCACGAUGACAAGCAAGAAACACUGAUGAAGUCGCCUCCCGAGCCCGAGGCCGGAAGGUCUACGCCCGACUACUUUGGCACGACGGCGCGAUACCACGCGCCAGAGCAUUCCUAUUCGAGCCCACGCCCGCCCAGUCCGCCGCGGUGGAAUCCCAGCCAGACCUUUGCGACUUCGCAGAAAGCCUACCACGCACCGCACUACGACGACAUGAAUCCGCUGGGCAUGAACAAGCUGUGA